AUGCAUAAGGUUAGGAUAAUUCACGUGGCAGGUCAGGCGAACUGCAUUGUUGGUUAAGUGUUUGUAAAUAUGCCUUUCAGUGUAAGGUCUACCUACACCUGUUGUAUGUGACAAAUACCAUUUGAUUUGAAUUAGGAAAAGGGUUCGGCUUAGUUAAAAUGCUAUUUUAACCUGCUACGAAUAGUCAUUUCCGGUCGUAGCUGUACCCCCUCUAGUCAGAACCUUGCUUUACAGUGCUACCAAAUAUUUAUAACUAAACCAAGAUAGACCACAGCCUGUCGUUUCCAAUGGGAACAAAUUAGUCACACUGAGCGGAACAAGCAAGGAGGUGGGCAGAGCUAGAGAGAUCCUAUUGGCGCGUUUUACCGUUAUCUGCAUAUUUCCGUUAGGGAACGCCUACUCUAUGAAGUACGCGUUAACUUGAAUUCGACUUUGUUUUUAUUUUAAUUGUAUUUUUCUUCGCAAAGGGUAGUCUACAAAACUUAGUCCACUCUGUUCAUAACAUAUUUAGUUUUGGGAACAGAAAACUAUUGAAAUCAAAUGUUUUAUCAAUGAGAAAAUUUGCUGAAUGUUGGCCAAAGUCUUCUCCCACUGCCGGCCAGUGGGCUUCCUCUCACAAGAAUAUUGGAUGGAAACACCAAGCGGAUGCUUCACAUUUUUUACAUCCGGUAAAAUAUCUGUCUCAUUGUUCUAUCGGUGGCCGUACACCACCACCACAGCGCUUCUUAUUUGUUCAAGUAUAUGUGGCAACUGGCUUAAGAUGUUAUUGUUUUCAAAUAUGGAUAGUUAUCAUUUUGUGUAGUUUUGGCGUAUUUUUUUUCUUCCUGAAGGUUGUUAGCUGUGUGGACUCGGCACAGAGAUAUGUAUAGUUUGGAGUCUUACUCAAAGAAGGGAAAACGAAACGGGCGACUGUGAUUCACAAAAAGCGCUCCUCUGCCGGGUCAGCUGUCUAAAGUCUUCCAGACAAGAUGGUGAAGAGGAGGCAGAAAGGUCCUAGAGAGGACGAAGUGAUAGACCUGACUGGUCCGUCGUGCAACCAUAUCCGUAAAGGUGUAGACUCCAGCUUCCUGAAGAAGACUGGGAUAGACUCCGCCUGUAACAGCUGCCAAGACUGUAGGGGUGAAGAGCCGGCUGCUGCUGUACAGGCUCCAUCAGAGGAGAUGAGCGAAACACCAACGAUAUGGAUGUGCUUAAAAUGCGGACACCGAGGGUGUGGGCGUACCUCUGAGGAUCAGCAUGCUAUCAAGCACUACGAGAAGCCUCGGUCAGACCCUCACUGUCUGGUGCUCAGCCUGGACAACUGGAGCGUUUGGUGUUACAUCUGUGAUGAUGAUGUCCAGUACUCUAAAACAGGCCAUCUGGCUCAGUUGGUGAACAACAUUAAGAAACAGGCCUUGUCUGAGCCCCGGAAACAAAGUCCACAGAGAAAGCAUUCAAUAGUGAAGCUGGAGGACAGCAUGAUAGAAGAGCCACAGGAAACCAAGCCAGAAGAGAAGGAAGAGAACACAGUGACACAACCGAAAGAAAACCAGAAGAAGAACGGCAAGAAAGAAAACGGUUUGAAAGAGAGCAGCAGUUUGACUAGAGGACAGAAGGCCGUGGGAGGAGCCAGCAGCGGUGCAGUGGGAGGAGUCAGCAGCUGUGCGUUGUCAGUUAGAGGACUCAGUAACCUUGGAAACACCUGUUUCUUCAACUCUGUUGUUCAGGCCCUCUCUCAGACACAGAUGUUGAGACAGGUCAUCAACAAGGUGACAGCUGAAGAGAAGACCAGUGUCACCAUCACACCUGGAGUCUCCUCAGACCUGGAACCCAUCCUGGUGCAGCUAGGUCCUCCGGGGUCUCUGACCGUGGCGAUGUGUCAGAUCCUGAAUGAGAUCCAGGAGACUAAGAAGGGGGUGGUCACCCCGAGAGAACUUUUCAGUCAGGUCUGCAAAAAAGCGGCACGGUUUAAAGGGUUCCAGCAGCAGGAUAGCCAGGAGCUUCUUCGCUACUUGCUGGAUGGGAUGAGAGCCGAGGAGAUGAAAAGACUGAACUCUGGAAUAUCGGAAGCACUGAAAAAACAUGGAAGAGAUGCUGAACAAUCGAAGAAGUUAGUCAAGGAGUAUGAGAAGAAGGGAGCUCCUAGUAACUUCGUAGACCAGGUGUUUGGUGGGGAGAUGACCAGCACGGUCAUGUGUCAGCAAUGCAAGACGGUUUCUUUGGUCAAGGAGAUGUUUCUGGAUCUGUCCCUUCCUGUCUCAGACCAGGCCUACAGGAAGAAGAGCCAGAAGAAAGGAGCGGGGAACCAGAAGGCUAGCACUGAGGUGAAAUAUAAUAACGGAGACAGCCCCAGCCCUGUCUCCAUGACCAACGGUGACUCCGACGACCUUCCUACUGGCAGCAAGUACCAGCAGAAGAAACAGAAGAAACAGGCCAAGAAACAGGCCAAGAACCAGAGACGUCAGCAGAAGCUAGUCACCCUGGACAGCUUCACACCUCCAGAGAUCACCGCAGAGAGCCCAGUACCAGCAGAGGAGGGGGAGGAGACAGGAAAUAGUACCCAGGGAGAGGAGGAGGAGCCUCUGGUUGAGAGCCAAUCAUCAGAGACCGAGAGGUCCGAAACCACUCCCUCAGAGCAGGACCAAGAGAAACCUCAGGGGGUAGGGCACACGGAGAAAGAGGAGGAGGAUUGUGAACCAGUGGCUGUGUCCAACAACCACUCCACUGUGAUGUCAGAAGAGCAGCGUCACCAGUCCCCUGAGGGGGUUGUAAAAAGAGACGGACACGAGCCUGAACGUAGAGGAGAGGAGGAGGAGGAGAAUGAUGUUGAUGCAGCCCAACCGUCUGGAGAUGAGGAAGACACCAAACUGACAGACAAGCUCGGUGAACUAUCUCUGAACGAAGCCUUCCUAGCCUCUGAGGACUCGGACCUGGAGCUGGGGUGCAGAGAUGGAGACACGUCUGCUGAGAUGGAAACGGAGACAAAGCUGGAGGGGAAGGAGUACACAGUCUCUCACCAGGAUCCUAAACUGGCCUUUCACACGCUGGCCACCAGGGCGGCGCCAGAGAACCAGGAGUGCUCUGUGGAGUCCUGUCUCUACCAGUUCACAGAGGUAGAGAACCUCACUCAGAACAACUCUCUUCUCUGUGUCACCUGCACCAAGAGACAGACCAAAAACAAGGCUGCAGAAGGCUCCAAGAAGAAUGUGUACACAGAUGCUCUGAAGCAAAUGCUGAUCUCGUCUCCCCCUCCGGUGCUAACUCUUCACUUGAAGAGGUUCCAGCAGAUUGGAUACAGUGUGUGUAAGGUGAACAGCCACGUCAACUUCCCUCACAUUCUAGACGUAGCACCAUUCUGCUCUGUCAUAUGCAAGGGUGUGUCGGAGGGAGGCUCUCAGGUGCUCUACAGUCUGUAUGGUAUAGUAGAACACAGUGGGACUAUGAGAAGUGGCCAUUAUACAGCCUACGUCAAAGCCAGACCUUUCUGCCCCUCCACGACACACAACGGAGUGGGCACACACGGCGAGCCAGAGCCGGUGAAAGGGGCGUGGUUCCACGUGAGUGACAGUAGUGUGCAGCCAGUCACGGAGAGCAAAGUGCAGAGCUGCCAAGCCUACCUCCUAUUCUACGAGAGGAUCUCCUAGACCUGCCUACGUCCCAACUUGUACCCUAUUUACCUACAUACUGUUGGCUGGGUUUACACGGGCAGCCCUGGUUCUGAUCUUUAGACAAUAAUUGGUCUUUUGACCGAUCAGAUCUUAUUCCAAUACUUGGGCAAAAGAUCAGAAUUGCGCUGGCUGUUUUAGACGCAGCCGUAGUGCACUACUUUUGGCCAGAGCCUUAUUAUGCAGCCUUAUGAGGCUUUUCCCGGCCAAAUUUAGUGCACUAUAAAUGCCCUAUUCCCUACAUAGUGCACUACUCAUGGCCUGAGACAUUGUACUGGUAUUGAUAUCAGCCAGAUGAAGUGCAGAGUGAAUACGAGUGGGGUGUUUUUAUUUUAUUUUUUUUAUAAUCAAUAUAAAGGGUUGUGUCUUAAAUGAAACCCUAUUCCCUAUGUGGUGCACUACUUUUGACCAGAACCCUAUUUGUCCUGUUCAAAAGCAGUGCACUAAAAUAGGGAAUUAAAAAUAAAAAAAAUGAGGGUGACAUUUGAGACUUUGACAAAGAUAAUUAAUUAAGAUCAUGACUGGGGAUGUCCCAAAACGAACAAUAUUUAGCUUGGAAGUUUUUUUCUAUGAAUUAAUUGUAUCAGUAAUGGACAUAAAAAGAAUCCCCAAGUAUUUUUUUUUACUGUGCAUAUGUGACCUAUACAGUGUUUUCCUAGAAAGAAAGAAGGGAGCACAGAUCAUUGUGUGCGUCCCAAAUUGCACCGUGUAUAAGGGCACUACAUUUUGAUCAGAGGUCUAAAUUGGAAAUCAGGUGCCAUCCAGCCGUUCUAUUCCUCUUAGACAUGAAACCAUAGAAGAGUUUGUUGAUUGAUCUGUCUGAUUGCUUGGUGUGUUACACAGUAGAAGCAAAAUAAACCUGCCAAUACCUUUUUUAUUAUUAUUAUUAUUAUUAUUGCUGCAAUAUGUGACAUUUUGGGCAGACCUGACCAAAUUCACAUAGAAGUGCAGUUAUAGAUCUGUCAUUCUUAUUAAAGCAAGUUUAAGAAUUGGCAGAUAUGUUCCAUGUGUUCUAUUUCUGAAAAUACAAUAUUUUUGGUGAUGUAAAAUAUAUUUCACAGAGGUUAAGAUGGUACAAUUAUUCUCUACACUAUUCUUCACGAACUGUAAUUAGGAAAAUUAUAAUUUUAGCAACCAGGAAAUAGCAAAUAUUUCUGCAUAGUGCUCCUUUAAAUUGUUAAAAGCUAUCAGUGGGGAAAAAAAACGAUAAUUUUUGACAUUUUUAUUUGAGUACUUUUUAUAUUGUGUUGUCAAGAUGCAAAUUAAAAAGCUUGAAAUACGG